CCGCUCCCUCAUCGCGCCAUUGAAAAAAGUCAAGCGAGGCUUCACGCUUCAACCCCUUACCGACUAAACGUUACUCGUACAGUUCAACGGCAGUAGAUCAUGGCUGAGCAGGAACCCACCCCAGAACAGUUGGCAGCAAUCGCUGCAGAGAAUGAAGAGACGGAGGCUGUGAAUUACAAGCCGCCAGCACAGAAAUCGUUGCAGGAGAUCCAGGAACUGGAUAAGGACGACGAAAGCCUCCGCAAGUACAAGGAGGCGCUGCUAGGACCCGGAGCCGCAGCCAUAGAUCCUAACGCCCCUAAUGUUCAGGUGACAAAACUGACACUGGUGUGUGAAGCCGCUCCUGGACCCCUAGCCCUUGACCUUACAGGAGAUCUGGAGGGCUUUAAGAAGCAGUCUUUUAUUCUGAAGGAGGGAGUGGAGUACAGACUAAAGAUUAGCUUCAAGGUGAACAAAGAGAUCGUCUCAGGACUGAAGUAUGUACAGCAAACCUUUAGGAAAGGAGUGAAGAUCGACAAGUCAGACUACAUGGUGGGCAGCUACGGGCCAAGGCCGACCGAGUACGAGUUCCUCACCCCCUUAGAAGAGGCGCCCAAAGGCAUGCUGGCCCGCGGCACCUACAACAUCAAGUCCAAGUUCACCGACGACGACAAACACGACCACCUUUCUUGGGAGUGGAACCUCAAUAUCAAGAAGGACUGGAAAGACUGAGCUGCUUCUGAACCUCCCCAGUGCUCUCCCGUCACCCCCCCCCCUCCUUCUCCACCUCUCUCUCUCCUUCUCUCCCUCGUUCCAACCCUCCUUUCUGUGUAUCCAACCAUCAUCAUGGAUUAACUGGUUAACUGAUAAUGGCUUUCUCUGUCACUCCGUCCACCUCGCUCCCAUCUGCAGUUUCUCAUUUCUUCUCCUCCUCCUCCUCCUCUCCUACUCCUC